ACGAGGUCUAAUUCACGCCUUCAGCUUAGUUGUUAAGGUGUUGAGGUAAUCUCCGUAGCUUCAGCCUAACCUGGCUCUCGGGUCCCAGUGGUUCGGAUCAGCGCCAGCCCUUUUUCACUGAGUACUCUCUUUAUUUAUGAUCUAAUUUAAUGCAGUACGCAGUACUUACCGUCUUCUGCCCGGGGAUUUGGAUUUUGGAUUCUUACAGGUUCCAAGUUGAUUUGAUCAUCCCUGAUGUCUUGUCUCUUGUAUGGAAUGCGCCACUUCGCCGCCAUCCCUUUUGGCCGUUCGACCGCGUCAAGCAGCAAGAUACCGUCCUGAACCCUCUAAAUCCUCGGGGCGAAAAAAAAAAAAGUGGAGGUUGCUAUGACUUUGACCUUAAGCUUGGUAUCACUGGAGGGAUGGAUGGUGUGAAUGUAAUAAAAGCUUUUUUUUCUCUUUCUGUCCCUCUUAUCAGGAGUCAAUCCCCCAUUCCAGUCGGUUCCUGGUUAUAGUAUCCAUCAUUUUCUCCACCGGUGCUGCUGUUGGCCUCUCCCUGCUCUGGCCUUUUUUUGGUGUGCGCUACCAUCCACUAUUAUUAGUGUCAGUUCACAUCGAUUACUGACCUCCCUGUGGGGUUUGAACCCAAUCUAAUUCAGCCCGUUCAACCGUCUGCCGGAGAUCUUGCU